AUGCUCAAGAGGAGAACUUCGAAACGUUUCGUCCUUGGUGAUACAUCAGCUGAUAGCACAAACUACGACGAUGAAAACGUAGACAUGAUACCUAGUGAAAUAGUACAGAAAUUCCAAAUGACUCUACAGACAGAGUCCGACGAAAAAGGUGAAAAGGAGGACCAGAGUCAGGAGCCUGAUAAAAAAUUGCUACGCUUGCCACGGCCUUCAUUAACGCCAUCUAUGUCCCAGGGAACUGUAGUGCACAGCCAACGUUUCCAAGAAAAGGAUUUUACUAUUGCCACACCCGAAGAGUUUGUCAGGAGGUUCCAAGGCACCAGAGCGAUUAAUAAAGUUCUCAUAGCCAACAACGGUAUUGGUGCUGUAAAAUGUAUGCGUUCAAUACGAAGAUGGUCGUACGAGAUGUUCAAAAACGAGCGGGCAGUCCGUUUUGUUGUUAUGGUGACCCCAGAGGAUCUCAAAGCCAACGCGGAGUACAUCAAAAUGGCGGACCACUACGUCCCGGUGCCGGGUGGUUCGAAUAACAAUAACUACGCCAAUGUGGAGCUGAUCGUCGAUAUUGCGAUACGGACCCAAGUUCAGGCGGUAUGGGCUGGCUGGGGUCACGCGUCAGAGAACCCGAAACUGCCAGAGCUCCUGCACAGGGCUGGAGUGGUCUUCAUAGGACCCCCGGAGAAGGCCAUGUGGGCCCUUGGAGACAAAAUCGCCUCAUCCAUUGUGGCGCAGACUGCUGACAUUCCGACUUUACCGUGGAGCGGAAGUGAGCUAAAAGCGGAGUACAACACUAAAAAGAUUAAAAUAUCUUCGGAACUGUUCGCCCGGGGCUGCGUCUCUACCCCCGAGCAAGGAUUACAGGCCGCUACAAAAAUCGGUUUCCCCGUGAUGAUUAAGGCAUCUGAAGGUGGUGGUGGUAAAGGUAUUAGAAAAGUGGAAAACCCAGAUGAUUUCAACAACAUGUUUCGUCAGGUCCAAGCAGAGGUGCCCGGAUCUCCCAUAUUCGUGAUGAAGCUAGCGAAAUCCGCCCGCCAUUUGGAAGUACAGCUCUUGGCAGAUCAGUACGGCAAUGCCAUUUCCCUGUUCGGUCGUGACUGCUCCAUCCAACGUAGACAUCAGAAGAUUAUCGAAGAGGCGCCCGCGGCGAUCGCUAAGCCGGACGUCUUUAUUGAAAUGGAAAAGGCUGCGGUUCGUCUAGCCAAGAUGGUCGGUUACGUAAGCGCUGGUACUGUAGAGUACCUCUACGACCCAGCAACGGGACAAUAUUACUUCCUCGAGCUGAACCCUCGUCUCCAAGUGGAACAUCCUUGCACGGAGAUGGUCGCUGAUGUCAAUCUACCCGCUGCACAGUUGCAGAUUGCUAUGGGUCUUCCCCUCUACAACAUAAAGGAUAUUCGUCUGCUCUACGGGGAAUCUCCAUGGGGUAUGUCAGACAUUAACUUCGACGAGCCCGUUCAAAGACCUUCUCCGUGGGGACACGUCAUUGCUGCCAGGAUCACUUCAGAGAAUCCGGAUGAAGGUUUUAAACCGUCUUCGGGUACCGUCCAAGAGUUGAACUUCAGGUCUUCGAAGAACGUGUGGGGCUACUUCAGCGUGGCCGCCUCGGGAGGGCUUCACGAGUUCGCUGAUUCGCAGUUCGGUCACUGCUUUUCUUGGGGAGAAACGAGGGAGCAGGCGAGAGAGAACUUGGUAAUAGCUCUCAAAGAGCUGAGCAUCCGCGGUGACUUCCGGACUACGGUGGAAUAUCUCAUCACUUUAUUGGAGACUCCAGCAUUCCAGGAUAACAACAUUGAUACAGCUUGGCUUGACGCUUUAAUCGCUGAACGGGUCCAAUCAGAAAAGCCGGAUGUAAUGUUGGGUGUUCUCUGUGGUUCCAUUCUCAUAGCAGACAGCAUCAUCACCACUCACUUCCAGGAGUUCAAGAGCGCUUUGGAGAAGGGACAAAUCCAAAGUGCCAGUCAGCUAUCGAACACAGUGGAGGUGGAAUUGAUUCACGGUGGAUACAAGUACAAGGUCCAAGCGACAAGAUCCGGGCUGACCAGCUAUUUUUUGGCUAUGAACGGCAGCUUCAAAGAGCUGGAAGUCCAUAAAUUGGCUGAUGGAGGUACCCUUCUUUCCGUCGACGGCGCGUCCUACACAAGUUAUUUGAAAGAAGAAGUCGAUAAAUACCGUAUCGUUAUCGGAAACCAGACCGUCGUGUUUGAAAAGGAGAAAGACCCGUCGAAGCUUCGAGCGCCCUCUGCGGGGAAACUUAUUAACUGCUUGGUCGACGAUGGUGGUCACGUAGACAAAGGACAGCCGUACGCUGAAAUUGAGGUGAUGAAAAUGGUGAUGACACUGUCUGCACCUGAAGCCGGUAAAGUGUCGUGGUGUUUGAGACCUGGAGCUGUCCUAGAUCAGGGAACGCUCAUGGGCACAUUGGAACUAGACGACCCGUCGCUAGUGACAACGGCGCAACCGUACAAGGGCCAGUUCCCGUUGGCGGAUAACACGACGGUAUCCGAUAAAUUGAAUCACGCGCACAACAAAUACAAAACUAUCUUGGAGAAUACUUUGGCCGGUUUUUGCCUGCCCGACCCCUACAAUACUCCAAGAUUAAGAGAAGUCGUGGAAAAGUUCAUGCAGAGUUUGCGAGACCCGUCCUUGCCACUUCUGGAGUUGCAAGAGGUAUUAUCAUCCACCUCUGGUAGAAUACCGCUAUCAGUAGAGAAGAAAGUACGGAAACUAAUGGCGUUAUACGAAAGGAACAUCACUAGUGUACUUGCGCAGUUCCCGAGUCAACAGAUAGCGAGUGUUAUCGACCAUCAUGCCGCGUCCCUUACCAAGCGGUCAGAUCGCGAUGUGUUCUUCAUGAGUACGCAAGCCCUGGUCGUCCUUGUACAGAGAUAUAGAAAUGGUAUUCGCGGUCGCAUGAAGGCAGCUGUCCACGACCUCUUGAAGCAAUACCAUCAGGUCGAGACCAACUUCCAACUCGGCUCAUACGACAAGAACGUGAUGGCGCUUCGCGAUCGAUACAAGGACGAUAUGCAAGCUGUGGCCAAUAUGAUUUUCUCACACAAUCAAGUCUCUAAGAAAAAUCUUCUGGUGACGAUGUUAAUAGACCAUUUGUGGUCCAAUGAGCCGGGUCUAACCGACGAACUAGCUGCGACCCUGAACGAGCUGACGUCACUACACCGAGCCGAACAUAGCCGAGUGGCGCUGAGAGCGAGACAGGUGUUAAUAGCAGCUCACCAGCCAGCCUACGAGCUCCGUCACAACCAGAUGGAGUCCAUAUUCCUAUCGGCCGUGGAUAUGUACGGCCACGACUUCCACCCGGAGAACCUGCAGAAGCUCAUCCUCUCCGAGACAUCCAUUUUUGAUAUACUGCACGAUUUCUUCUACCAUACUAAUGCAGCGGUCUGUAACGCAUCUUUGGAGGUUUACGUGCGUCGAGCAUACACAUCCUAUGACAUCACGUGUCUGCAACACCUGGCGUUAUCUGGCGAGCUGGGCGUGGUUCAUUUUCAAUUUGUACUGCCCACAGGACACCCUAACAGGAUACCAAUCAGUCAAUCAGAAAUCGAGCUAUCAGCUGCCCAAGACCAGGAGGGUGUUCCCGCGGAGCUUUCCACCGCGGCCAUGAGGAAAUGCCAUCACAGAACUGGAGCUCUCGCCGCGUUUGACUCUUUCGAGCAGUUCGUGGAAUAUUCCGAUGAGAUAUUGGAUCUGGUUCACGAUUUCGCCAGCACAGCCACUGUAAGACGUGAGGACCUCCAAGCUCUUCAAGAAGGCAGUGAGAGUCGGGACAGCACUAGUAUUAAUGUUGGAAUGGACUAUAUCAAAAUCGUUGAGGAAGAUGUUCCUCUGGAGCCGAUUCAUAUCCUCAUGAUCGGAAUACGCGACUCGGGAGAGGCCGACGACGGCGCAGUAUCGCGUCGCUUCGGUCAUUUCUGUCGCGCGCACACCAGGGAACUUCACCAGAAGCGCAUACGACGAAUCACCUUUAUGCUGUUGAUUAAACGUCAAUUCCCCAAGUUCUUCACGUACCGUGCUAGGAAUGACUUCAGAGAGGAUACAAUCUAUAGACACCUGGAGCCAGCAUCUGCGUUCCAAUUGGAGUUAUACCGUAUGAGGAGUUAUGACCUUGAAGCACUGCCGACCAGCAACCAGAAGAUGCAUCUAUAUCUUGGAAAGGCUAAGGUGAAGAAAGGCCAAGAGGUAACAGACUUCAGAUUCUUCAUCAGAUCUAUCAUUAGGCACCAGGAUCUCAUCACCAAGGAGGCCAGUUUUGAAUAUUUGCAGAACGAAGGAGAACGGGUGCUCUUAGAAGCGAUGGACGAGUUAGAAGUUGCCUACUCACAUCCCCUAGCGAAGAGAACGGAUUGUAAUCACAUAUUCCUGAACUUUGGACCCACCAUACUAAUAGAUCCUACUAAGAUCGAAGAAUCAGUGAUAGGAAUGGUAAUGAGGUACGGGCCCAGGUUGUGGAAACUCAGGGUUCUCCAAGCGGAGAUCAGAUUCACUCUGCGAACAGGUCCCGGUAUGCCCACCAAGACUAUUCGUCUCUGCCUCUCAAAUGGUUCUGGAUACUCUCUCGAUGUUUACAGUUACGAAGAGGUCUCGGAUUCUAAGACCGGUGUGAUAAUAUUCCAGUCGUAUGGCCCGAAACAAGGUCCCAUGCACGGCUUGCCAAUAUCGACGCCUUACGUUACCAAAGAUUAUCUACAGCAGAAACGAUUCUUGGCAACAUCUCAAGGCACCACUUACGUGUAUGAUAUCCCGGAUAUGUUCCGUCAAAUGGUUGAGAACCAAUGGCGCGACUAUAUUGAACAGGGUAUUGUUGAUGGUCCCCGACCAGACAACGUGAUGAGUUUGGUGGAGUUGGUAAUGGAGAACGACGGAGAGAGACGAAUCGUCGAAGUCACUAGAUUACCAGGGCAGAACAAUGUCGGUAUGGUUGCCUGGCGAAUAACUCUUAACACCCCGGAAUACCCCGAAGGGCGAGAUAUCGUCCUUAUAGCCAACGACCUCACCUAUUAUAUGGGAUCUUUUGGACCGCAAGAAGACUGGGUGUACUUCAGAGCUUCAGAGUAUGCGCGAGAGCAUAAAAUACCGAGGAUAUACGUAAGCGUGAACUCCGGCGCACGUAUAGGCGUGGCUGAAGAGGUGAAAUCCGAAUUCCAAGUGGCCUGGAUAGACGCAGAGCACCCCGAACGUGGCUUCAAGUACCUCUACCUGAGCCCCGAAGCCUACUCACGUUUGGGGCCUAUGGGGUCUGUUAAGACCAGUCUCAUUGAAGAUGAGGGAGAGGCUAGAUAUAAAAUUACGGAUGUUAUUGGUAAGGAAGACGGCUUGGGCGUCGAGUGUCUUCGGGACGCUGGUCUCAUAGCCGGUGAAACGGCUCAGGCUUACGAAGACAUUGUCACGAUAUCCGUUGUCACGUGCAGGGCUAUCGGUAUCGGAUCUUAUGUCGUCAGAUUAGGCCACCGAGUAAUCCAAGUAGAGUCUUCCUACAUAGUUCUGACUGGUUACAUGGCGCUUAAUAAACUCCUCGGAAAACCGGUUUACGCCAGUAACAACCAGCUAGGAGGUAUACAGAUUAUGUACAACAAUGGAGUGACGCACGCCGUGGCUCCGUCGGACUUGGAGGCGAUAGGGACCACUGUUAAAUGGCUCUCUUAUAUACCAAAGGAUAAAUUAAGUAUAGUGCCAAUGCUACGUAGCGCAGACCCGAUAGACAGGCCCGUGGAAUGGGUUCCACCAAGAGCCGCUCACGACCCUCGCCUCAUCCUGACUGGUGAGGGCAACCGGCUUGGGUUCUUCGACGCGGGCUCCUUCGAUGAGAUCAUGAGACCUUGGGCGCAAACCGUCAUAGCCGGUCGUGCUCGCCUCGGCGGUAUCCCCGUGGGGGUGAUAGCAGUGGAAACGCGCACCGUGGAACUUACGUUACCAGCUGAUCCAGCCAAUUUGGACUCAGAGGCGAAAACUGUACAGCAAGCUGGACAGGUUUGGUUCCCGGACUCGUCAUACAAGACUGCGCAAGCAAUUAAUGACUUCUCAAGAGAGGGUCUGCCUAUUAUUAUAUUCGCAAACUGGCGUGGUUUUAGCGGUGGACAGAAAGAUAUGUAUGAACAAAUCCUGAAAUUCGGCGCUGAAAUAGUGCGCGCGCUUCGUGGUGCAACCGCACCCGUUUUAGUAUACAUUCCGCCGGGGGCGGAGCUCAGGGGCGGGGCUUGGGCGGUCGUUGACCCUAGCGUUAACGGCACACGUAUGGAGAUGUACGCUGACAAUGACGCAAGGGGUGGAGUACUAGAACCGGAAGGUAUAGUCGAAGUGAAGUUCAAACAGAGGGAUAUUGUGAAAACGAUGCAUCGCCUCGACCCUGAGUUACUGCGGUUAGGAGCCAGGAUAUCAGAGUUAAAAGAACAAAUUAAGGACAUAUCAAAGAAUCUAGAUAGAAGAGGUUCGGUCGAUGAAGUUCUAAUUAAAACGGACGCGGGCAGACAAGCUGAAAGCAAAAUAAGAGAUUUGGAAAGCGAGCUGCUUGUGGCGGAGAAGAAUGCUAAAACAAGAGAAAAAGAGUUAGCCUCCGUUUACCAUCAAAUCGCGAUCCAAUUCGCUGAAUUGCACGACACAGCGGAAAGAAUGUUGGAGAAGGGCUGCAUCUUCGACAUCGUGCCCUGGAAGCACUCGAGGCGGAUCCUGUAUUGGCGGCUGAGGAGGCUGCUACGACAGAACCAGCAGGAGAUGAGGGUACAGAACGCGACGGGGCCCAGCGUCGACCAGCGAGCCGCAGCGGCCACCCUCAGGCGGUGGUUCACAGAAGACAGGGGAGAGACGCAGUCGCAUCAAUGGGAACACGACAACGAAGCUGUCUGCCUGUGGUUAGAGCAACAAGCGGCGGAACCAGAUUCGGUGCUGGAGAGGAAUUUACGCGCCAUUAAACAGGACGCUAUACUGCAAACAGUCAAUCAACUUGUACUCGAAUUAACUCCGUCCCAGCGUGCUGAGUUCGUGAGGAAAUUAUCGAGCUUAGAAAUGGAACAAGAUUACAACAAUUGA